GUCGUGUGUCAUGCAGCGCACACUGAGGCAGAGAGAGAGAGCGAAUAGUGGAUGGCAGCGAAUGAUUGCGUUUAUUUCUCAGAAGUUGAAUGCACCCCAAUAAAACAGAUAACCCACCCACUCUGCGCUGCGAUGGCUUCCGAGGGUGACUCCAACAAGCGUGUGCUCCAUCGGGUGAAGGACACCCUCAAGAUCGAGGGCCCCGAUCCCUCCAUCACCGACCUGCUGGACUUCUACCUCAACAACACCAACAUGCACGGCAUGCGCCGAAUCGCAGUCUCAAAAGGGCCCAUCAAGAAGACGAUUUGGAUCGUGUUCUCGCUCAUCGCAGUGGCGAUGGUGUUCUGGCAGGGCAUCCAACUCAUACAGAGCUUCUACUCCAUCGCCGUGUCGGUGACGAUCAACUAUCAGAAGAUGCCCUUUCCAGCCAUCACCAUCUGCAGCCUCAAUCCCUACAAAUACAAUCAGUCCCAGGCUCUGCUGGAGAAGCUGGACAGGAACGCCGCCGUGGCCCUGCACAACAUCGGCAUCGCGGUGACGAACCUCAGCGCAGCGACGGACGACGAGCCGCUGCCCAUGCCGCUGGUGUGGCUGGACACCACGGUCACCAAUCAAACCGUGGUCACCGAUGUGAUCAGCGGCAAAUUCCACGUUGUGCCGGGGGAGGUGGAAAUGAGGUCGUACUUCAGCCAAAAUUAUCAGUCGUCCGAACCUCUUAUCGCUAUUGAAGUGUGUGGGGAAGAAAAAAAAUGUAUCUACAAUGCCUUCACGUCCGCCAUUGAUGCUGUAAUGCAGUGGUACCGCCUGCAUUUCAUCAACAUCAUGGCCAUUGUGCCCGAGAAGGAUAAGGACAAGCUUGGGUACAGUGCCGAUGAGUUCAUUAUCGGUUGCCUCUUCAGCGGAACUGUUUGCGAUCCCAGCACAAGCUUCAAGAAGUUACAACAUCCAAUCUUGGGAAAUUGUUUCACUUUCAAUGACGGACGCGAUGGGAAAAGUUUGGACAUUGCCUCCGCCGGCAUUGACUAUGGGCUGCACAUGAUUCUUAACACGAGGCAGGACAAUGCCCUACCCUACCUGGCCAUGGGGGCCGGUGCCAAGAUUGGCAUCCACCUGCAGAAUACAACCCCCUUCAUCGAGGCCGUGGGGAUCAACAUCCCCCCAGCCACGGAGUCUUCUGGACUUCGAGUGAACGAUGUCCAAAAACUCGGUGAGCCUUACAGCGACUGCACAAUGGACGGAAGUGACAUCGAUGUAAAAAGCCUCUACGACAGCCCAUACUCGGUGCAAACCUGCCAGAACUCGUGCUUCCAGUUGGAGAUGAUCAAAAGCUGUGGCUGUGCCAAUUACGAGCAACCGCUGCCUGAAGGAUCUCACUUCUGCAACUACGACAACCCAGGCUGGGAGUACUGUUACUACCGCCUGUACGACAUGUACAUUAAAGAGGAGCUCAAGUGUAUUCAAGUCUGCCGACAAAUUUGCUCGGAGACGGAGCACGAGGUAACUUUGAGCCUAGCUGACUGGCCGUCCAAAGCAUCUAAGGGGUGGCUGUUGCGUGCGCUUUCUGAAGAGCGAGGACUGCCGGCCAACGACACACUGAAGCCGAGCGACAUUGCCAUUGUCAACAUUUACUUCAAAGAUCUCAACCAGAAGACCAUUUCAGAAUCUCCGGCGAGCAGCAUCGUGACAUUGCUCUCCAACCUCGGAGGGCUUCUGGGGCUCUGGCUGAGCUGCUCUAUGCUGUGCGUCGUCGAGGUGCUGGAGAUCUUCUGCGUCGACUUCCCGUGGAUCCUGCUGAAGAAGCUGCUCGCGACGUGCCGCAGGACCUUCGCGUCCCUCGUCCGCGGCCCCGACCCCGCGCCCUCCGUCCACUUCCCCGUUCAGUUGCCCAUGGGUGGCAGCCCAGCGGAGGACCCGCCCACCUUCCACACGGCGAUGCAGUGCCCGCGCGAGCCCAUUCCGACGCCCAACACGCCGCCGCCCCAGUACGACACCCUGCGCUUGCGCCAAAUCGCCGGCUACGUUCCCGACGAGGGCAGCGACGGAGAGGAUUAGCGCGGAAGCCGCCGGCGCCGCCGUCGGCACUCGUGUCGGGGGUCGGUCCGGAAUUGCCGUCGUUAAGAGCUCACUGACGUGGGAAAUACGUGAAAGCGGAUAUAAGCAGAACUCUGUUCUGUGCCUCCGCAUGAGAGUAAAAAUAAGUUUUAGUUCAACAGCCUAUUGACUUUCCAGAUAAAUAGUAUCGAGCAAUUACCUUCCGGGUCUCAUCAGCGGAGUUAAGAUUUUCUAUAUGAUGUCAGAUUAAAAGAUCUCGUGACAAAAGCUCGCCAUAUAAACAUGGGAUCCCAUUCAAUGCAAAAGGCUGCAAAAAGCAAUGUGCUUUUGUCCAGACAUUACGGAGCAGGAUAAUGUUUAAGUCAUUGUGCCUUUGAAAGAAAUACUUUCCUGAAACCUUAGCCUACUAUAUAGGGUGUACGAAAAUAUAUAAUCCAUUUUAAUGCAAACUAAUUCGGCAGCAUUUUGAAAGGCGUGGUUGAAAUUUUGCCAAAAUGUUCCCUUAAACCAUUGAAGUGACCUUCAGCGGUGCAGAAUGGUUCAACCAUUCAAGACUAUCACCACCUGGAAAUCUCUCAAAACCCUAGGACAUGUGCUGCCAAACGCCACGACGGACAUGUGUAGGUUUAACAAUGUUACCCAUGAGAUCAAAUCUUCAUACCACAGUCCCAAGUUUGUGGGUGUGGAGUUUCACAGUUUGAUCUCAAAACUGAUAGUCUAAUUGUAAUGUAUUACCUCAUGGAUGGAACAUUUUAAGGACACCCUGGAUACUCGCCUGUGUUGAAAUCAAUGGUGAUAGGUUUAACACCGUCAGAUUUGGCACGGUACAUGAAAUACAGAAAUUAAUAUUUGGUACAAAAGAUGUAUUAGCGGAGCCAUCAACAGAAGGUGUGUACAGGAUUAACUGCACUUGUGGUAAAUGUUAUGUUGGGCAAACAGGAACAAUGGUCAGCACGAGACUAAAAGAACAUCAGAGAUAUUUAAUACUCCCAAAUACAACUGUCAGAACACGCGUGCCAACAAGGACACUCAAUUUAUUUGGAUAAUGUUGAAGUUCUGUGCAAAACCAGCUACUACUGGCCAAGACUAAUUAGAGAAUGUAUCGAAAUUGAAAUAAAUAAAUAAAAUGCAACUGUUUGGAUAGCUCCCGUCUUAGUGCUGCGUGGAAGCGAAUCAUCAAAGAAUACAAAGAAUACAUUGUUUAAAUGCACGCCGAUACAAGCCACCAUACUUCCAUAGGGAUUACCGUUGGUACAGCUAUUUUAAUACACAAUGGACAGGAAGGACAAGAUCAAAGGGCUCGCAUAAUGCGCAUGCAUAAUGUACGUUGACUCAUUAAUCCCCCCCACACUUUGCGCAAAAGUGCAGAAGCGUGGUCACCACAUCUACGCCUCUAUAUAAGGAACGAAACAAGUGGACUUCUCCACAAAUCUGGCUGUUGUCUGAUGAAGUAUGGUUGUUAUUACUGGCGAAACCUUGUACUCAGAUUGUAAAUGUUGUGGCUUGGCUCUCCAACGCACCGGUGUUGCUGUACUAGUGACGAAUUGGCCACGUUCUGCUUGUGACAACCCUUACUAGUUGGCUGUGUCGGGUGGUGGCGGGUUUAAUGACACAUUUAUAUAUUUACGCAAUAUAACCCAACAAAACCUCUAUUGUGAAUGGUGAUACGGUUGAUGAAAAUAAGAAAAGG